UGAAAGGUGCGGUGAAAGGUGCGUUCACUGGCUGGUUUGAAUUGAAAGCACACAAAGUCGUUGAGCUGGAAUAUCCGCUCUUAAGUAACACACCCGCCUGUAAAAACACCGUGAAGUAGGAAACAGCGGCUGGGAGCUCGUGGACACAUUAAUUACCUACGCAGUUUAAACUUUAAACCAAAAACUGCUUAAAGAAUGAGCAAAAUUUCGAAAUUUUUCAAGGGGAGCUCCAGCUCGAGCUCAUCGAGCUCCCCUAAAUCCAAACACCACCGGUCGCGCGGAGGACCUUCGCCCCAAGAGGCCAUCCACAAACUCCGGGAAACAGAAGAAAUGCUGACGAAGAAACAAGACUACCUGGAGAAGAGAAUAGAGCAGGAACUUAUGAUCGCCAAGAAGAAUGGCACGAAAAACAAGCGAGCUGCCCUGCAGGCCCUGAAGAGGAAGAAGCGACUGGAGCAGCAGCUCACGCAGAUCGAUGGCACGCUCUCCACCAUUGAGUUUCAGAGGGAGGCUCUGGAGAACUCUCACACAAACACAGAGGUCCUGAAGAACAUGGGCUACGCUGCCCAGGCCAUGAAGAAGGUCCAUGACAACAUGGACAUCAACAAGAUCGAUGAUCUGAUGCAGGAUAUCACAGAGCAACAGGACGUGGCUCGAGAGAUCAGCGACGCAAUCUCCGGACCGUUUGGCGAGACAUAUGACGAGGAUGAGCUGAUGGCAGAGCUGGAGGAGCUGGAACAGGAGGACAUGGAGGAGAACAUGAAGAGUAUGGGCGGGUUACCCAGCGUGCCAAGCUCCAGACUGCCUUCAGCACCAACCAGUCACCGCGCAACAACCAAGAAAAGGGUUGAAGAUGAUGACGACAUGCGUAUGCUGGCAUCGUGGGGAACUUAAGUACAUCCAGGCAGCUUUAAUGUACUUAGCCAGAUCAUUUGUUCUCUUUUUGUUCAGCUUUUAACAUUAUUUUUGAAGGUUUUUAGGGAAAAAUGAAGAGCUUUAUAAUAAUUUUAAAAUAAGCUUUUUUUCUUACUGGCACAUAAUGCCACUAUUGCAGGUUAUAUUUAUCAAGAAAUAAAAAAAAAAUAAGUGAAGGAAUUAACAAACUGUAUUUUGGAUUUAUGUUCCCUUGUCUCUUUUCUCUUAUUUCCUGUUUUGCUAUCUUUACAGUGAUCAUUCUUACUUAGCCUGUACAGAAUGCACUUCUUUCAUACGCCAAAUGAAGACAUAACAAAGAUAUGAGUGAUGUUUUAACCCAUUAAGCAGAAUGCUUGACUGUCUUGGCUGUAAAUAAAGUCUGAUUUUACAUAAAUGUUGUAAAUAUAUUGCUUCGCUUGCAUCCACAUUCAACAAUAAAAUAGUCCCCCUAUA